AUGGCAGCCCCCAAGGACAGCGAAAAGGCGCCCGAUGCCCAUCGCGAACUUCCAUCAAAGGAGACUGUUCAGAAAGCCGGCGAGCAUAUGAUCAAAGACGAAACCGGUAACGAAAUCGCCUUCAAGACCCUCUACGCCGACAAGCCCGCCGACGAACGUCAACUGAUUGUCUUCGUUCGCCACUUCUUCUGCGCCCGCGACCUGCCUUUGGACAAAUUAGCGGCCGCGAAAACAACCCUCACAAUCAUCGGCUGCGGUGAGCCGGUCUGCAUCGAGGACUGGCGAAAACGUACGGGAUGUCCCUACAAGAUCUAUGCCGAUCCGAAGCGUCAGCUGUACAGCACGCUCGACAUGUUGGCCGGCUUCAAAGCCAUGCCGGACGAAAUGCCCGAGUACCACUCGAAGAGCCUGUUCGGUGUGAUCAAGACGUCAUCGUGGAAUGCUUUGACCUCGGGGCCGAAGAAGAUGCUGAGUGGUGGACCGGCGUAUCAGCAAGGUGGAGACUGGCUCUUCCAGAAUGGAGAGGUCAAGUGGGUGCACAGAAUGAGGAAUUCCGCUGAUCAUGCCGAGACGAGCGAGCUGAAGGAGGUCCUGGGAGUGGUGGCCUGA